CGGGUGACGACAGCGGAAGUGCUGGUCCUAGUAAGGCGGAUCCCGUUCUGCUAACUUGCCUUUUUCACCCCAGAUUUAUUUUCAGCUUCCUUCCGUAUUUUGGUCACCGUCUGGUUCAAACUAAAGCCAGUCGCUCUCAUUUUGGGAUACUCUUUUAAGUCGACUGGGUUACUUUGACCCGCUUUCGGCGACCACAGGAAGACUUUACCCUGCGCUAGCGACUAGGCUAACUUUUUUUGUGUACCAUCACUACUUUUAAGAAGCACACGCACAAAAUGGGGGACACAAAUUUGACUUGGGCGGUGAAGACCGGCGACAUGGAAGUGGUCGAACACAAUCUGAAGACGACCGAAGACGUCAACCGGACCCUUGACAACGGUAGGAAGCCCCUUCACAUCGCCUGCGACUUUGGCCAGACCUGCAUGGUGGAGUUCCUCGUCUCCAAGGGAGCAGAUAUCAACGCCAUCGACAAGCAUGGCCUCUCUCCGCUGUUCUAUGCCUCCCUCGAAGGUCACGUUGCCUGUGUCAAGUUCCUGCUAGAAAAGGGCGCCGAUAAGCAUUUGAAAGGCCCGGACGGCAAGACGGUCAUCGAGAUGGUCAGCGAUGACACCAUCAAGGCGCUGUUCAAGUGAAGGGGGCGAGGUGCAGCGCAGGGAGGCGUUGCGCAUCAAGACGGGACUCGGCAUGGAAUCAGGUGGUCUUCUCCACACUGCUUGUGUCUGUUAGCUCCAGGGGGGCCUCAUCUUACCUGUCUCGUGGUUUUCUUCUCCCACUUCACUUGGACGUGGUUUCCUCUCCCUCUCUCUUACUUUUAUUUUGUUUGGUUAAUCGCCAUUAAACGGGAAGAUCGGUGGAGGGUGCGCGCUCAAGUCGCUCCAAUUAAACAAAGCUUAUUAGCACUUAAACAAAAGUUGCUCUUAAACGUGAUCCUGUGUUUUUUCCCUCUGCCUUCGGAAUUGUACAAAGGAGUGUUUGGGCCACACUGGAUAGAAAUAAUUGAAAGAUAUGAGAAUAAAGUCCUAUUAUUUGAUGGAAAAGUGUAAUCAUUUCAGGAGAAUCAUCGUAGUAGUGCGAGAAACUAGUUUUUGCCCAAUGUUUUCUUUCACAAAAAAUAAGACGCACUCCAACUAUCCUCAAAAAAAGAAUACUUUUUGCCUUGAAAAAGUAUAUUGGACAAUUUGACAUCUUCUACCCCAAUAAUACAAGUUUGAAAUGUUGGCUUGAAGACAUUUUCCCCUUGGGUAAGUGUGCCCCGAUUCUUUUCUUCCUUUUAUGAUUGACAUUUUCUUAAAACGUAAAACUAAUCGGACUUGAUUCUGUUUAGUCUUUUCAGUGUGUCUCCAAAAGUCUUUUGUAGAAUUACACUGUAUAAAUAUGGACAAGCUUUUUUUUUUUUAAACAAUAAUGCAAGUCCUCCCAACUUCCCGUAAAGUUCCUUUUUGUAUUGCUUUCAUAUCGCAUUGUAUUUCCUGAUUUCCUGUGUCCAUUGACCAAUCACCAUGCUGGCUAACAACAACUAGGAACACUUGAAUGUUUGUUUUGGAGGGGUGGGGCGGGGGUCAUGCUAACAGUAAAAGAAAACUAGCCAGCGAUAUUAGAAUGUUUGUUUUGCAGUGAAGUGGGUGGUGGGAGUCCACCCCGUAAUAUUAAGACGUCCUUUACCCCCUUCAUUUUGGCCGUUUUUCUUUCCCACCCCCCUCCUUGGAAUAGCUUUGGCUACAUGUCAACUCUGCCAGGACAUGUCGUUGUUCUCUCUCGGUUGCUUUCAAACAAACAAUUGUUACGAUGUAUUAAAAAAAAAAAAGAAACGCUCUCGCUGACUUUUAUGUGACAAAAAGUCUGUAAAAAAAAAAAGAAUAAAAAUCUCUAAACGUUCA